GUUGCUUGAUUAAAUUUGUUUUCUUAACAGGUUCUUCUACACCUGCUCCUCCGGUGACAGAGACCAUCCCUACAAAUCAAUGUGGAGGCCAACUGACAAAUGGUUAUGGAUCCUUCUCUGGACCUUAUUAUCCUGGAAACCACAGCAAUAUGACCUGUGUCUGGAAAAUUCAAGUUAGGCACUUGAAUCGCAUAAAUUUAAAGUUCUCUUCUAUAAACUUGGACUGUGAUAAAGAAUAUGUUGAGGUUUAUGAUGGACUCCAAUAUAGUUCAUAUCCACUUGGAAGAACUUGUUCUAGUGCCUAUCUCAACUAUACCUAUUCAUCAACUUCCAACAUAAUGACAAUAGUGCUGCAUAGAGAUUCAGGUGAUGCAGGAAAUGGGUUCUCUGCUUAUUACUACUCUAUUCCACAAGAACUGAGGCCUACUACACCAGCUUCUACUUCUAAAGAUACAAGACUUUCAUGUUCUGAUGGAUUCAUGCGUGCACGGAUUAGCAUAAGCUAUCUCAAUUCAAUCGGCUAUAAUGCAUCACAAGUUUACCUGAACUCCCUGGAUAGAUCAUGUAAAUCUCAAAUUUCAACCGACUAUGUCUACUUUAUUAUACCAUUCUAUGGCUGUAACACAGAUAUAAGGGUGAAGAAUGACACAAUAACUUAUUACAAUGUAAUCAAGACACUCAACUCCGAUUAUAUUAUUACAAGAAAGAAAAACUUUCAAUUUCAUGUUUUGUGUGAAAUGAGGCAGAACACUAUUGUACAAACAAUGUUUAUUGCCCAAAAUGCUAUUGACCUUACUGAAAGGCGUAUUGGCCAUUACAAUGUGUCUCUGGCAUUCUAUUCAUCAUUAUCCUUCACCCAUAAAAUUGUGGGAUCACCUUACUACGUUUCACUCAACCAGAAUUUAUAUCUCCAAGCUACUCUGCACACUGCUGAUACAAAUAUUGUACUCUUCUUAGACACAUGUAUUGCAUCUCCAGAUAGUAAUGAUUUUAGAACCUUGACCUAUGACUUAAUCCGAAAUGGAUGCCCACGAGACUUUACUUAUAGAAGCCUGUCCUCUCCAGCAAACAAUAUAGUUCGUUUCCAGUUCAACUCCUUUAAGUUCCUUAACAAGCACAAUUCAGUUUACAUACAAUGUAAAUUGGUAGUGUGUAGAGCAGGUGAUCGUUCAUCUCGAUGCCACCAGGGAUGUUUAAGGAGAAGCAAGAGAAGCGUGGAUGAAUCUCAGGAGAAGGUUAAUGUUGUUGUGGGACCACUCAAACUUCUGAAGGAUGAAAAUGAAGUUCAAAAAUAGGGAUUUCCCCGCUUCCCUGCAAUUUAACUAUGUUUUCUGGUUAAAAUGAUGAAAGCUAGAUAGAUACCUUAAAAAAAAGUAAUCAUACCCAUGUUACUCCAUGGAGAAAAUGUUUCAAAUCCACAGCUGAAUACUAUUCUUUAUACAAGCACUAAAAGUGAUAUUAAAUAUCAAAACAACUUUUUAAGAUCUUCAGAGCUCUUCAUCAGGCAAUAUUAGGGGAUGAGGGAAAGGAAAAUUAGUGAACAGCAUUUUACAUAGACAAGGUAUUUUCCUAAAUGGCUAUGCAAUUUGCUGACACAGUACAUCAUGAUAUAAACAGACUGUUUAAUUUUGUUAAGCACUUUAUACAAAAAUGCCAAAGUCCACUUGAGGUUUGUGUUCUUCAUGAUGAUUGUUAGCCUUAUGAAAAUAUUUGAGAGUCCAUCAAUAAUAUACUCUUAUUAAAACCAUUAGUUGUAUCUAAACAAAGUUACUAUCUGACACUAGAAAACAAUUUUUAAAACGUUCUUUGUAUGUUUUGUCGUUCUUAUUUUAUUAAAGUCUGACAUAGAAGAUAUACCAAUUUUAACAGUCAACCUACACAGAAAAAUGUGUACCUGUAUUUCAUACAGGAAGGAACAUACUAGCUGUAUUUAAUAUCUAAAUUGUAUAAAUAAACCACGUUAUUGUAGCAUCCCUUCUUGCUUUGAAAAGCAAAUUACUUCAACUAUUUCUGAGAAUGAUUGGGGAUUAUUAUUCUUUCUCCCACACCAAUGGUACUUAGGUAGCAUCUGCUGUCUGAGAAGUUACAUGAUAUAUUAAGACUUGGUCAGACUUUUAAUAAAUUGAAUAAUUUGUUUAAGACUAAAGGGGUCAAUAUAGACCAACAUGGGGACUGCUAAACUAAUGAGAAAAAGGAUAAUUUUUGAAGAACCCCUAAAGAUGAAUGAGCUACAAAAAUGAAAAGUUUUAGGAUUCCAUGCUGUAUAUAUGAAUACAAAAACGUUGUCGCUAAAUUAAUUUCAAAUUAUUGGAAAUUGUAUUUUUCUUCCAAUGCAUUGCAAUAAAACUGCUAACUUUGCAAACUAA